UGUUGUUGCUGAAAAUUUGACCGGUCGUCCUCUGAUUUGAGUCUCCAGUCGUCGUCCUUCAGGCAGACGCUGCUCCUCUCUCGGCUGAAACACACCACAACACAGCGUGCAGCCAUGGCCGGUGUUAUCGUUAAGAAGUCUUUGGACUACAUGAAGAGCAAAGACUUCAGGGAUUAUUUGAUGAGGUUUCAUUUCUGGGGUCCUAUCGCAAACUGGGGUCUUCCCAUAGCCGCCAUAGCAGAUAUGAAGAAGAGCCCUGAGAUUAUCAGUGGAAGGAUGACAUUCGCUCUGUCCUGUUACUCACUGCUCUUCAUGAGGUUUGCCUACAAGGUGCAGCCACGCAACUGGCUGCUCUUUGCUUGCCAUUUGACCAAUGAGUCUGCACAGCUAAUCCAGGGCGCUCGUCUCAUGAGACACAAGUAA